GCUGAGGGACAUGUUGAAACUACAGCGAACACCUGCUGAUGAAGGAAUGAUCACAGACCAGGAAGAAGAAAUGUGUCAUUUAAAAGAAGAGAACAAAAGAGGUAAAGGGCUGGAUGUUGUUUUUAAUUCUCCAAAUCUCUCCUACAGAACAUCUGAACCUGUCGGCCACCGUGUCGAGUCCGUGACACGAACACUCGACUCAUCAAGAAGGGCAAAGGGAAGUCGGGGAAGGAGAUAAUGAUGAUGAAAUCUGGACAAACCAGCAAUGCUUCAUCAUGGGAUCCAAGUGUGGAGGCUGUUAUCCUUGAGCACUCAGGCAUCUUGGAUGCUGCUGAAGCUGCUGCUGCACAGGAGGCCGUGGACGUAGACUCUGAAGGUGAACCGAGGACUUCCACUUCAGCUGGUCCAAGAAGGCAAAGUAUCAAAGAAGACGAGAUGGACCGAAUGUUACUGCUAAUGCAGGAACGAGUGGAGGAGAGUCAGGCCCACAUGGAAGAACUGCAAAAGUGUAAAGAGCAGCACCCCAGCAUAGCUAGGAACGCCUUCGCAGCCUAUAUCCGGGACUCCUUAAACACCUUGUCUGAAUGGAGCUACAGAAAAGCAAAGGAUGAAAUCUGCCAGGUGUUGACAAAGUAUGAAAAUGGGGCUGAAGAUGAUCGGGUCAAGCAACAACAGAAGUUCCAUCAGCAACCACCUCACCACCACACAAAGCCACGACACACUGUCCUGCCUGUCCGAGGACUGCAGCCGCUCCUGUCCUGUCUUUCUACAAACAUGCCUGGAGUCCAGGAGCUGAGGUACAUGUUGAAACUACAGCAAACACCUGCUGAUGAAGGAAUGAUCACAGACCAGGAAGAAGAAAUGUGUCAUUUAAAAGAAGAGUCCAAAAGAGGUAAAGGGCUGGAUGUUGUUUUUAAUCCUCUAAAUCUCUCCUACAGAACAGGUUUGUUAACUCAGCUUUGUUUGUGUUCCUGAUACUUUAUAACAC